AUGGCCGGCAAGAGCUGGACCGCCGCUUUAAGAGGAGAAGGAGCAGUAGAAGACGUAAUCAGCUCUUUACCUGAUGUGAUCCUCCAACAUAUCCUCACCUUUAUUCCAACAAAAUUCGCCAUCAGAACAUCUCUUCUAUCAAAACGAUGGAGGCAUGUAUGGUGCGAUAUACCUUCUCUCUACUUCGUUGAUUACAUAUGUGAUCGUGAUGAUGAAUCCAUAUACGAAACCCUAAGUAAUUACCACACUGCUCCCAAGAUAAUAAACUUCCACAAACGUACCAGCAGCAAACUCCACGUAGACAAGUGGAUCAAGUUCGCCAUCUCCCGCAACGUGGAGAAUCUUUCCUUGGAAGUCGACCAAUGUGGCAACUUACCUAUUCCUGAUUUCUUCUUCAUCAAUUCCUCUGUCAAGCAACUCACCUUUGAGCUAUGCUUCGCUGAUUUAACUCCCAAAAACUCUGUGCUCUGGACAUCACUGAAGAAGUUGUACUUGGGUUGUUGUAAAGUGUCUGACGAAUCCAUUGCGAAGAUUCUGUCUGGUUGUCCAGUUCUUGAAAGCUUAACAUUGUAUUUUUGCGAUAAACUGAUGGUUCUUGAUCUCAGAGACUCAUUGCGUCUGACAACAUUAGAAAUAAGACGCAACAUUUGGGUCCCCGGGCCAACGCAGAUCCUGGCACCACAUCUCCAUAGUCUCACAUUGAGAAACUCUCUGUUACCGUGUACUUUAGUUGAUGUCUCUUCUUUAACCGAAGCGAAAAUGGAAAUUGGAUUCAACCACGCGCAAAGAACGGUGAAUGCUGAGUUUCUUCAAGUAAUGGUGCUAAAGAUGCUUGAAAAGAUACAGAACGCGGAAAAGCUUACAUUGGGCGGAAACUUUCUUCAGAUUUUAUCUCUUGCGGAGCUUUGUGGUGUUCCUUUUCCGAUGUUAAAGGUCAAAUAUUUGACUCUCGAGACAGUGAUCUUUCAGUAUGUUAUUCCUGGUAUAGAAAGGCUGUUACAAAACUCACCUUGUUUAAAGAAGCUCACCUUACGCGCAUGGGACAGCAACACAUUACCGGGCUUUGACGGCUACCUAACUACGCAAGGCUUGAAUCCGGAUCAAUGCUGGAAAUCAAAAGAUGGAGUCUUCUGGAACGAGAACCGUUGGGAUGUAGAGUUAAAGCACGUGACUUCAUUCGUGGAACUUGUGCUAAAAAACGCAAAGACAUUAGAACAGAUGGUGUUACUAUUGAGCGAACAUUAA